AGUUGCGGCGGGAGAGCGGCGGGGCUGAGAGCGUGACUCGCCCGCUCCGGCGCUGCCCCUGCCUUCACCGCCGUCGCCAGCCGCGCAGCCAUGUCCGAGGAGAAGCCUAAGGAGGGAGUGAAGACGGAGAAUGACCACAUCAACCUGAAGGUGGCUGGGCAGGAUGGCUCUGUUGUCCAGUUCAAAAUCAAGAGGCACACGCCACUAAGCAAGCUGAUGAAGGCUUACUGCGAGCGACAGGGCUUAUCUAUGAGACAGAUUAGAUUCAGGUUUGACGGGCAGCCAAUUAAUGAAACAGACACUCCAGCACAGCUGGAGAUGGAAGAUGAAGACACGAUUGAUGUGUUCCAGCAGCAGACGGGCGGCAUGCAGGCAGCUGGAGUCCUCUUGGGAUGUGACAUGUAG